AGUUUACUUUGAUAAAGUUCAGACUAAGAGAGUCCUGUAUCCACACGUUACGCAGUUGGGUAUUCGGCUUCAAUUCAGGAUAACCAUGUUAAAAAUCCUCCUUCUUGUGACCGUACUGGUGUACGGGGCGUCCGCACAGGUUCCUGCGGUUCGCUACGAGGUGACGAAAGGAGUAGACGUAUGCGUGCUCGCCAAGUUCGGGCUUUUGCUGUCCGUAAGAUACACCAAGGCUGACAACUCAACGGGGUCUACACCGCUGAUGUUCAGGGGAGGCGACACCACCAAUACCACAGGUACGUGUGCUGAACAUGGUCGCAACGUGGCAACCAUGGAAGUCAACGACAACCACGAGCUGGGCAUGAAGCUAGUUUUCACGAGAAACGAGACCCAUCCUCACCGGGUAUAUUUUCUGUCCGAGUUCGAAGUCUGGUACGCUUACUCUGAAAACCGCUUCCCCGGUGUACAGCCAGCUCUGAUCGGUACAACGGGAUCCGAGAAGGUCUCGAAUGUUGAGUGGUUCCAAGCUCCGGAGGAGUACUCCUACCUGUGCCGAUCCGAGCAAAGGAGAACCCUCCAGAAGGACGUGGACAUUGUUCUCACCGAUCUACAGAUCCAGCCUUUCGAAGUGAAGAAGAACGAUUUUUCACCUCCUAUGGAGUGUGCUCUAGACAGCACGCCCGUGCCACCUGUUCAUACGACCCUCCCCGCAACCACACCGAAGCCGAUACCGCCCCCCGGCCAUUUCAACCUUACCGAUAAAGAGACCGGGGAGGUCUGCCUUUUGCUGCAAGCAGGGGCCAAGUUCUCCAUCGACUACGAGACUGAAUCGAACACAACGGAACGGGCAAUGUUCUACCUGCCGUCUGAGGUUACACCGACUGGAAGCUGCGGGCAGAACAGCUCGACAUUGACUCUUACGUUCUCCGACGACAACGUCAUUGUCACCGCGAAGUUUGAGGUAGAUGGUGAGAAGUUUAAUGUAGCCCAACUCAUAAUGAUCUACGUUGAGAAAUCGCCACUAUUUCCUAACGCCAAGAUCAACAAUGAAACUCGCGCCCUUACCUACACCCCGAAACUCGGGCCCCUUGCCGAUCUCGGAGAUUCCUUCCGUUGCAACAGUGAACAAAAAGUCCCAUUUUCCUCCGCUGCCAACGUUACCAUCUACGAUCUAAAAAUUCAACCGUUUCAAGUUGUGAACGACACAUUCGGGGAAGAGACAGUUUGUGAUUUAGACAUUACAACCCCUGCUCCGACCACAACUCCUCAACCAACUACAACUCCUGAACCAACCACAACCGCCGGACCUACAACCCCUGCGCAAACCACACCAGGUAACGGUACAACCCCGGGUGUUACAACAACGUCUCUCCCAGAGAACAGCACCACUACACCUGUUACACCCACCAUGCCUGCCGCUGAAGGAAAAUGGCACGUCUCAGGCGCAGACGGAAAACCCUGUCUCCUAGCAGACUCCGUCAUCCAACUCCAGCUCGUGUACAACAUCUCAAAAGAGGAGACAAAAACCGUGACUGUAGAUGUCCCAAGCAACGCCACUGCAUGGGGGGCCUGCCAACCAACGAUAUCACUACUCGCACUAACAUUCCAGCCCGGCAACUUUACACUGCACCUCGGCUUUGCUAAAACCGCGCCACCGCCAAACAACGCCGACUUCGCCCUGGUUCAUGUCGGACUCAUGUAUGAAGAGGAUCCCGCCAUAUUCCCCGGUACCAUCACUCCAAACAAGAACGUGAAUUUGGUAAAUCAAACGCUGAACUUGUUCCAGACAGAGGUGGGUAAGUCGUACAGAUGCGAGUCCGAGGUGAAAGUGAAGGUCAACAAAUCGGUAGAAGUUUCGUUCCAGUACACCAAGAUCCAGCCGUUUAACGUGGAGGGCGGCAAGUUUGGAGAGGAGUCGGUGUGUUCGGAAGAUGUCCCAACGAUUCCACCGCCUACUGCAACCAGCAGACCCGCAACGACGCAUCAGCCGCACCACGGCGGCAACGGAGGCGCCAUCGCCGCCGGAGUGUUGGUACCUCUCGUGUGCAUCGUUCUCGCCGUAGCUGGCUACCUUUACUACCGCAGAAGGAGAGGGAUGGGCGCCCCUUACAAGAGUUUGUAAUGAUCUAAACAAUCAAACAUUUUAUCAAACAAUGUCUGUUAAUCUUGUAAAGUAGAAAUGACAACCCUCUUUGAUAUUCUAUGAAAAUAUCCAAGCUGGCUACCUUUACUAUAGCGCAGGAGAGGAAUGAGCGCCCCUUACAAGAGUUUGGAAUAAUUUAAACAAACAUUUCAUGAAGGUAAAUAAUGUCUGAUAAAAUUGUUAAGUUGAAAUGAGAACCAUCUUCAAAGUUCGAUGAAAAUAUCCAGCCUGGCUACCUUUACUAUAGCACAGAAGGAUAAAUAGGAGAAGUAAUAAUUUAAACAGUCAAACAUUUCAUGAAGGUAAAUAAUGUCUGAUAAAAUUGUAAAGUUGAAAU